CAAAAGAAGAAGAAGAAGAAGAACAAGUCGCUGUGUUGUGACGUCAAACUGUCGUGCAAGCAUGUUGCGGAGUGGGGAAUCUGGUAGUGAGUAGACGUCUGAUUCUUUCUGGACGUUUCAGAACUUUGUAAAGCAUUGCCAUUUAAUUUGAUAAAAAAGAGGAGUAUCAGCAACAUGUGGAUUUUGAUACCAGCGGAGCCAGGAGGUGAGACGCACUAUCUCCUCUCUGGUAAACAAUAUGUGGUGGGUCGUAAGAACUGUGAAAUCCUGCUGCCUAGUGACCAGUCCAUUAGUAGAGCCCAUGCUCACCUCCUUGUUACUGAUCAGACUCUGACCCUGAGGGACACCUCCAAGUACGGUACUGUCGUCAACAGCCAGCGUCUGACAGAAAACAGUCCAGUAAACUUGAAAUCAGGGGACAGUGUUACAUUUGGAGUCUUUCAUUCCAAAUUCAGUGUGGCUCAUCAGAAGCCUGUUGUGUGUUCUUCUUGUUUGGACAACGGCGGCAAAGCUGCAAUCUCUCAGGCUCUGCAGCUGAUUAGUGGAAAGUUAGUCAACACAUGGAGUAAAGACUGUACCCACCUGGUCAUGCCUUCCGUGAAAGUCACCAUCAAGACCAUUUCUGCUCUGCUGUGCUGCCGUCCUAUCGUGAAGCCCGAGUUCUUCUCAGAGCUCAGCAAAGCAUUCCAGCAGAAGUUACCCCCUCCUAAAGCUGAGAGAUUCACUCCUGACAUUGAUGAGCCCAGCUUGAAUAAAGAGGAUGUUUAUCUGGGGCCGGAUGUAAAACGCAAACAGCUUUUUGCAGGAACUACCUUCAUAUUUCUCAAUGCUAAACAGCUCAAGCGUCUUAGUACAGUAAUAAGCUUUGGAGGUGGUUCAAGUCAACUCCUGGAGGAGGGCUCCCUACCUUGUGACCUCUUGGAGUCCUCACGGAGUUGCGUGAUAGACUUCAGCGCUGGCAGCUCCCAACCGAUGCUUCCAUCGUCUACCACAGUGUGGCAUGAUUCCAUUAAAAACAUCAUUCAAAGUAAAUGCCUUCGAGUUAUCACAGAGUCUGAAAUCGGAUUGGCUGCUAUUUAUGCCUCGUGUGAAAAGUACUGCAACCCUUCCAGUUCAAUAAUCGACUCAGUGACAAAGGUGGAGCCCAGAAUUCCAAGCGCAUCGCUGUCCCAGCAUUUUGCAGUGAAUGAGACUGUUUUACCUACAACGUCACAGAACAUCACAGCAUACGUAAUCAACACAGAGACAUCACAAAUAACUGAGCAUUGCAAGGUGACUGGAAUUACAGCGGUCGGAGAAACUCCGGAGAAAAAGCACAACGGAACCACAAGUCAUCAUGAUAGUUCUAAAGCCACAACACAGAAGAUAAUCACACAGUGCGUUGUGGGGAAUUCAUUGAGCUCGUCAUUCAGCAUGACAGAGAAUUCACCCUCCCAGAAGAAGAAGCAUGCGUCCAGAACUACAGGCCAUCAAGAUUUUAACACAACAACUUUCCAGUCGCAUUUGGCAAAGCCUGGUGUUGCUAAGAAGACACCUCGUCAGAACGUCUCUCCAGCAGCGUCCCCACAAAAACAGCCAACAAUGACCAGUUUUUUUAAACCAGUUAACAAGAAAAGGCCAUUAGACGAGGAGCUUUCAGCUGUGAUGUCCGAGCCAAAGCGUCCUGUCCUUGAAUCCAACAUUAACACUACUUUAGCAUCUGAAAGCACCUCAUGUUCAAACAAAGGUCCUGCAGCCACUUCACUGGAUCCCAUGGGCUCUGUCGAAGAUCUCUUUGUCAGUCAGCCACUGCCUUCAUCAGACCAUGCCUCCCACACGAGCAAAAAGAGAAAGGAGAUGGAAGAAGAAAUGGAUCUGGCUGAAUUGGAGUUCAUCAUGUCUGAGGGGAUGCACUCCUUAGAUGAGUCGCUAUCAGUUAGCCAAGCUCCGAAGGCAAGAAUUGAUACUUCUGAACAAACGUCAGAAACAGUGGAGGCUUCAAGUAAGAAGCAGCGUGUAGCUUGUGUUAAUGAUGACACCAGCAGCCAAAAGUCAAAGUUGGGCCGGGAAAAAGUUCUACCGACAAAUCAGAACCACCAAAUUGAGCUGAAAAUUGUCUCCAUGAUGAUGGAAGAGCCAUCAGAAGAGAGGACACAAAACCAUGACUCAUCCAGCAGUAUUGGUCAGCUUGUUAAAGCUAAAAAGGAAUUCUCCACUGAGAAUGUUGAGCCACUUAAAGAAGAUAUUUGUAUGCCCAACGAAGCUGCAGCGUUUCAUCUUUUUCAACCUGUGACCAUUAAACGGGAGGAGGCGCAAGAAAACAACCUGGAUGAAGACCACCCUAAAAACCUGAUUUUGGUAGAGUUUAGAUCCCUGACGGUGAACGUGCCCAAAACUAUACCACAGCAGCUGCAGUCUAACGGCUUUGCAAAGAACUUCAAACGUUUCCGCAAGAUGCAAGUGCCCUGGACAGAGCACUCAGCACACAUCAUCGGGGGGCCUGACCUGCUGGCUCACAACCGGGGCAAAAACUCUGAACUGGAUGAAUGGCUGAAAGAUGCAGUUGAGGAUGAGCGUCAGAGCAAACGGGAGGAAAGCCAAGGAGAUGACCUCUUUAGGUACAACCCCACCAAAUUAACCAGGAGAAGAUGAAACAACUCCAUGCCAGUCCUGUUAGUACACCAAUGCAAUGAUCAUGUACAUGUCCACUUACAAUAGGGCCUGUAGCUUUAUUGUUUUCUUCCCCAAAAAUUCAGUUAAUAAAAACCAAACAAAAAUAGAAAAGAGGGAGCAAACAUGUUGAUUCUAGUAUAUUUUUUACACUCGCUGAAGUGCAGGCAGUUUUUUUCUUAAUUAUACACAACUCACAAAGGUUAUUGUGCUUUCAUGUGAAAUUUCAGCAUGACCCUAAAACGCACUUUUAACUUUUACAGGUAAAAGUAAAAGCUUAAUCUGACAUUCUCUAAUCUUCUCAAUGCACUAUUCCAACAAUAGAAGGUUUUAGUACUUUUUGCACAACUUGCAAAAUUCACAACACUGUGUGAUCUUUGAAUGGACCAGUACGUAUUCAUACAAUGUAUGCCUUUAUGUGGAGCAUAAACCUUACACAGUCUCUCUGUUGCAACCAUCUUAUGGCACUCUGUGGCCCUCUCAGCUCAGUGUUAAUUUCCCCCUGAGAACAUCCCUUUGAAGGCUGGCAAUGGCGAGGUCAUGUCGAUCAAUUGUUAUGUGGCAAUAUGUGAACAGCAUGACGAAGAGGACUGAGAGCAGGGCAUUUAAUGAUCACACAACUGCUGCGAAUUUCGCCAUUCAAAUUGUUUGUUAAAGAACAGCAAGUAAUAAACAGCAUACAGAAGGUAAAGUGACAAGUGGAUGGAUGGAUGUUCUAGUAACUUUAAGCUUUAUCCUGACAUUUAGUGAGUAUUGUAUAUGUGAUUGUUGGAUUGGUUCUAGCCUGUUAACAAAAUUAAAGUCAUCGAAAUGGGACCUGCAUCCUCUGAUGUUUUAGUUUGUGACCCUCAGUGGAAAAGGUUGUUCACCCCUGACUUACAUGUUCCCUGAUAAUCAAGUUAUUAAUUACAUCGACCGCCACUGAAGCAACCAACGGCAAUUAAUAUAACAAAAUAUGGUCAAUCAAUUUAUUUUGGCCAAUGUUUUAAAUGUUAAUAAAAAAGAAUAAUGGCAUACGAAACAAUACAAAGUCUUCAAUAGUACAAAAAAGAGUUCAAAAUGUACAUGCCAAGACCAGUUUGUCCUUAGAACAAAAGUUGUCCCUGCUUUAGCAAGCGGAUGGAGACGAUAACUGCAAGUGUUUUUGGCAUAUGAGCAAUGUUUGCCACUACAGGGAUAAACGUUUUAAUCAAUGUAUUCAUCACUAACAACACAGUUCUUUGCUGAUUUUGUUAUGAACGAAAAAUGGAAGCAUUAUGGAGUGCUUUUAACUGAAUGCAAACAGUAAAGGAGCUCUGUUCAGUUUACAUUUCUGUAGUAGAAUGUGAAAUGGUAGAAAUAAAGAAUGGUUGACAUGUU